AGUGUGGGAUGAGGGCGGAAUACAUCGGGGAGCUUCCGGAUUCCCGACAGUGGCCUGGGAUUCAUUACAGACAGGAACAGCACAAUUAAACUGUGUCUAUAGCUUUUACAGCACACAAAGGUCCUGGCUCUUGGCUGUUGUCAGAAUGUCUCACUCUGGAGAGAAAGGGAAGGUGGGUGAGUUUCCAGAAGCUGCUGGGUAUGUGGGCUUUGCUAACUUGCCCAACCAGGUUCACAGAAAAUCAGUCAAGAAAGGCUUUGAAUUCACCUUGAUGGUAGUUGGCGAGUCGGGUCUAGGGAAAUCCACCCUCAUUAACAGCCUGUUCCUGACAGACCUGUACCCGGAGCGCUUCAUUCCCGGAGCUGCAGAGAAGAUCGAGCGGACGGUUCAGAUUGAGGCAUCGACGGUGGAGAUUGAGGAGAGGGGCGUGAAGCUGAGGCUCACUGUGGUCGACACGCCGGGCUACGGGGAUGCGAUCAACAGCCAAGACUGCUUCAAAACCAUUAUCCAGUACAUUGAUAACCAGUUUGAACGCUACCUCCACGAUGAGAGCGGCCUGAACCGAAGACACAUCGUGGACAACCGAGUCCACUGCUGCUUCUACUUCAUCUCCCCCUUCGGACACGGCCUCAAGCCCCUGGAUGUUGAAUUCAUGAAGGCGAUCCACAGUAAGGUGAACAUCGUCCCUGUCAUUGCCAAGGCAGAUACCCUGACUCUGAAAGAAAGGGACCGGCUCAAGAGAAGGAUCCUGGAUGAGAUUGCUCAGCAGGGGAUCCGGAUCUACCAGCUCCCAGACGCAGACUCGGACGAGGAUGAGGAGUUCAAGGAGCAGACCCGAGUCCUGAAGGCCAGCGUCCCCUUCGCUGUGAUUGGAUCGAACCAGCUGAUCGAGGUGAAAGGGAAGAAGAUCAGAGGUCGCCUGUACCCCUGGGGUGUGGUGGAGGUGGAGAACCCCGAGCACAACGACUUCCUCAAACUGCGCACCAUGCUUGUCACUCACAUGCAGGACCUGCAGGAGGUGACCCAGGAUCUGCACUACGAGAACUUCCGCUCGGAGCGUCUGAAGAGGCCCGGCCGGUCCACGGGGGCAGUGGAGGAGGAAGGGGUCGACAAGGACAGGAUCCUGAUGCAGAAGGAGGCUGAGCUGCGCAGGAUGCAGGAGAUGAUUUACCAGAUGCAGGCUCAGAUGAGAAUGAAGCCCGCGGACGAGUGAGGAGCCGCCUGGCGCCGCGCCCCCCUGCAUGAUCAAACAGGAGGGGCGCCGCCUCCAUCAAGCGAUCAGGACACACUAUAUUGAGAUGAGGAGGAGACGAAGAGGAGCAGUGAACAAGACAGCGUCCAGAAUCCCAGUCCUGCACCGUGUCCCACACUCGUCCUGCUGUUAGAUAUCAGUGCUAUGCUGGGGGUUUCUAGGGUAGUUUUAUAUAAUCUCCUAUCAUGUUCAUGUAUUAAGUGCCUAGUUCUAUGUUUUUAAACAAUACAGACCAAUCCGUUGUGUAUAAUUGUGAGUCAGCCUUGACUAUAUACAGUGUUUAGCUUUUUGGGAGAAAGCGUAUAUGUGCUCUUCUUUCUGUAUCUUUUCUUCACUGCUAUUAUUAGUAUGACUGCUUCCUAUUUAAUUCAUCGUUUAAAAUAACUUGCUUUUUGCUUUUUUAUUGUUAGUACUGUAACGUUUAGAACGCACAGCAAGUAGCAUGUAUUCAAACACUUUUAUAAUCUUGUAUUGGAUAGAUAGCCUUGUCACUAAUGUGCGCACGCACAUGCACAUCGGUACACUACACACAGUGUUUGUCAUUAUAGCAAGUGUCUGUACACUUGUAAUAUCCGUGUUGUUAGCGGUCCCUAAAAUGUCAUUAUUAUCUGAACGCGCAGUAAAGACGCAAGCUUGACACUGUUGCUCGCCUGGACCACAGUUGUAGUGCUGCUAAUCUGGGCUCAGGGUUUGCAUGCAGGAGGAGAUCCAGCUGGUUCACAGUAACACCUGUAACAGGGGCGGCUCUUGUGUGCAUCGUGUGUGACAAUAAGGGGCGGGUUCAAAUCAUGUUCUUCAAUUCCUUUUGAAAAGAAUCGCCCAUUCCUUUUAAUCAAUUCCAGCGCCUCGUUGAUCACGAUCGCAGUCGACAGCAUUCUGCUGAAACGAGCUUCUCCCAGCAGCAGCACGGGGGGGGGGGGGGGGGGUCAGUUGUUCAGUCGCUCUUAAGCAAUUCAAAUUGGCUUCAGAUAAAAGCAGCUGAACAAUCACUACACUUAUGUCUCUGCAAUAUCAAAUCCUUUGAAGGAACUGGAAUUGGGAAUGGAUUUUAAAAAGAAAUUGGGAAUGGAAUUGUCCCUCCCUUUCCUUCCUCUCGGGCAGUUUGUUUUUAAAAUACUUUUUUAUGUGAAUCUCUGUACUGUCAAACUCAUUGCAUGUGUGUGUGUUUUUGUAUUUUGUUUUAUUUGUUAUUUUUGGUACUUCAACACUACGGUUUUAAUAAAACAUUGAACAAUAAAGAUGUGUGCAAAACAAAA